UCACGUAUGCAAUAACUCAAUUGGCAUUUGCACUCCUAAACAGACAUAUAUUUUUUUUACUUUUGCAAAGAGUAAUAUCUACGAAACGUAGUCCACUCUGUUCAUAACAUAAUAUUUUUUGCAGAAUUCGACCCAAAUCCAUCCCGUUCCAUCUUCUCCCACUACGUGUUCGUGGGCUUUCUCUCAGUCGAAACGCCAACCGGAUGCUUAUCGGUCUCAUUAUUCUAUCUGUUUCUCUAGUUUCUGUCACCUUUCACCAAAUAUCUUCUCCUGUGCUUUCACCGCAGAUGCGGAAGUGCGACACUGGAGGAGGUGGUAAUUGAGACGCAUUCAAUGCAAAACACAAACUGACGAAUUUUGAUGGGGAUUUUUUGUUAUUUAAUUUAGAUUUGAUCAAUCGACUCUUGUGGAUUCUUACAUGCGGGACUCUUAAUUUGAACAUUUCCGACAUUCCCCUGACACGGAAGUACUUUUUUUAGUGUUGCUGACGAGACGCUGAUAUAGUAUAAUAUUUCUGAACUGGAGCUAGUGUGCAUAGCCAGCAAAGAAGUUUUGAAAGUGAUAACAGUAGCUACUGUUUUUGAAACCAUCUAAAUAUAUGUGCCACGGAAGUAGGUAUUGUAAAUGCACAACUACAGCGCAUUUCUUGAUAAUGUCAUACUUUCAGCUAGCUAACGUAGCUAUGUGUCAUAGUACAGGUAAACUGGCUCGCUAACUAAUCUGUCUAGCUUGGUAAAGUUAGUCUAGAUAACGUUAGCUAUCUAAAUUAGUAUGUCAGCUGUACCGUUAAUUAGACAAGCACAUAUGUAGCCAACCAUAUUUGUUAACUGGCUACUUCGUAAAGUUACUAGUAGCUAGUUAUGUAACGUUAUUUAGUUAGCAAUAUGUUCGGUCAUCAACAACGCCUCCAACAGCAGCAACGUAUUUGGCAGCUUCCACAACAUCUCCAACAACGCCAGCAGCUACAAACAACCCAACUCAUGCCAUCCCAACUUCCACACCAGCACCAAAUGAACCGGCAUUGAAGUGAGUGCAUGCUGCGCAGGUUGUUAACCAAAUGGAUCGGUCUUGCUCAUUGAAUUAUCAAUCUGACGCAGUUGCUACCUCAGAUUAUGAGCUCAGCGAGUGUCGCGAUAGAGACCACCACCACCUAGUAUGAUCUACCUCUGCCCAGUUCCCCGGGCCUCUCUCCUUGCCACCAACCCCAUGCUGCAAGGGGCACUGCUCAUGCAACAACCGAUGCGAGGUAACAUGCGAGGCUUGGCCAUGGGUAGUGGGCUACCCUUUACUUCAUUUUUGUCUGAGGGGACAAGGCAAUCUCUCCUUGGACCGGCUCCUAUUCCCCAAGUGGGAUUGUUUGCAUCAGGACCCAAUCAUUCCCUUACACACUUUUUAAACAAGGACAUUCGUGUUAGGAAGAGGAAGAAGGAACAGCCAGGAAGUGCUGGGGGCCAGCUGAGCUCCAGCAGUGCAGAGGGGAAAGGGGAGAGGGAUGAUAGGACUCCCAAUACAGAGAUGCAGGAAGCGGAAUCAGUUGGACAAUUCUUUGCAAAGCAACAGGAGCCUGAGAUGAAGAAGCAGAAGAUGAAUGGGUCAGAAGAGCCUGUGAAUAUAAAAAUUGGACAAGAGGCAGUCCAGAAGUCUGAUAAUGAAAUGUCAACAGAUGUACCUCAGCCUGUAGAUAUCUCUGCUCUCGAGUACAGAGGAGGAAGCACUUCCAUUCAAGUGGCGGAGGAAUGUUGCAAAGAAAGUAUAACAGCUGAACAUGUUCUGGCGGUAGGCACAUCCCUGAAAGUCACCAUCCAGCAGAGCAGCGAGAGCCGGGCGUUCAGCACAGGCCUACAGGAGUUGGCUGCAGCAACAGCCAUGGGGACCCCCUGUGGUGUAGGGGGACAGGGUGAGGACAGUGACAGAGGAGCUGCGACUGACGGCCACUACUGCUACAUCUGCAGCAACCCCUACCACAACCAGCAGAAUUUCCAGAACCAUAUGAACGGAUUGGAACAUCAACAGCGUAUGAUAGAGAUUCAGCAAGUGAGCAAUGCCUGUCUGGUCAAUCUAUUACCACGGGUUGGCGACUCUCUACAGGGUACACACAAAGCCGGGGGCAAAAAGCCAGCAGGGGUGAAACGCUGGUGUGCAACCUGCCAAACACACUUUACCGGCGACCUCCUCGAGCACCGGAGGACCAAGGAGCACAAGCUAUCAAAGCAGUCCUCACGUCCCUUCUGCACCGUCUGCACUCGCCAGUUCAGGACGCCACGGAAGUUUGUGGAGCACAUGAAGUCCCGAGAACACAAGCGGAAUGUGGAGGAGCUCCAGGAGGAAGGAGAGCCAGAGGUCAUUGAAGAACUCAUCACUGUGGAUGCAGUGGGAUGUUUCGAGGGAGAAGAUGACUUUGAGGAGGAGACCCACGAGGAUGAGGAUAGCAGGGGUUUGCAGCCCAGUCAAAGAGCAGUCCCACAAGAGCAUGUGGGGGACUACGAAGCGUUUGAUUCUGAAACACAAUACGGUUCAAGCUUUGUUGUCCCAGUGGCUGGUUUCCUCUGCAGACUGUGCCAUAAGUUCUUCUAUUUCGAGUCCACGGCCAGGCACUUUCACUGCAAGUCCCUCAUACACUUCCAGAACUUACAGAAGUACAAAGCCUUGAAGAAUCAAGAGCUCCGCUGCGGAGGACACGAGGACAUGCAGCCGAACAGUGGGGGACUCCCCUGACUUGAGAGAAUACAAAGUGGUUAUCCAAGUGAAAAAUGACUGUACAAUGGCUAGGGACAACACACAUCCCUGUGGUACCUCCUUUACCACAAUCAAGAUGCAUCCUGUUGUCUCUACUCAGGACAAGGCAGAGCAGGACAAUAUCUCCACUGCCACUCAGCAGGUCUCAGAACAGCUGAACUCAGACUCCGUAUUGCCAAAUACCUCCGUCGCUGUCCAUAGGCCGUGCUGCUGUGCCACCCAGCCUCCUUCUGGCUCAAGCUGUGGAUUGAAGAACAUGGUGAAGCCGUCUCUAUGCCAAAGCUGCCAAAGGUCCCAACCGAGCCUCCAGGAGUAUGGGCAUGAUGUGACUGGAGAAAAAUGCUCCUGCAGAGGUGGAUGUGCUCUUGCUUUGCAUGCAGGGCAACAGGAAACAAACAUGAGCAUACCUCAAACUGCAAGCGAGCCACUACGAGGCAGCCUCUUGGAAUGAGAGCAUUUGGAGCAGGGGAGCUCCACGCUGUUGAUGCCACAUAUACUUAAACUGGACGAGGACAGAGAACUAGUCAACAGAGAUAAAGUGGAACUAAAGGAGUCAGCUGGGAAUGAAGCCAGGAAAGUCAAGGACCACAUCGAAAAGAAUGGCCUCCAAAAUUAAAUCCACAGGGCAACCCACACAAAAACCUGAGAGCAGGGUCGUGUUCAACUGAACACGACCCAACAGAACACAGGAAAUUAACACAAACUAAGCCUGACAAGUCGUUAAUGAUGAUUGAAAAGAUAUCUACACAUUUGGUGUGUGUGCGAGUUUGAAGUCGCCCAAGAUAAGAUUUCACAGACAAAUCCUGUUUGGUUACAGGCCUAGUUUAGUUUGAAUGGAAUCAACAGUUUGUGUUACUAUUUUAUUAAGUGAUAGCAUUCACAGUAUUGCAAGGGAUCUCCUAUCACAGUGAGUGAGGCCAUAUUAUGUUGUUUUCUUUAAAGAAGGUGCCCUUGGAUCAAUGAGCUCAAUCAAGUCUAUGUAUAUAUCGUUGUCUAUUGCCUCCUUUUCAGCUCUGAACUAAUCACAGUCACAACAUGCAAUCUCAUUCAGGUCAAAACUAUUUGGCACUCUGGUACCACUUGCCAUGCGGUAGUAGAGAGAACAGUUUAUGACUGGGGUAGCUGGGGUCUUUGACAAUUUCUAGGGCCUUCCUCUAACACCGCCUGGUGUAGAGGUCCUGGAUGGCAGGCAGCUUAGCCCCAGUGAUGUACUGGGCUGUACGCACUACCCUCUGUAGUGCCUUGUGGGCGGACGCCGAGCAAUUGCUGUACCAGGCAGGGACCAGGCAGCGAUGCAACCAGGAUGCUCUCGAUGUUGCAGCUGUAGAACUUUUUGAGGAUCUGAGGACCCAAGCCAAAUCUUUUUAGUCUACUGAAGGGGAAUAGGCUUUGUCGUGCCCUCUUCACGACUGUCUUGGUGUGUUUGGACCAUUCUAGUUUCAAUUCCGACUUCAACUGUAUGGGCCACACCUGUUUCCAUCUAUUCUUAUUCUAGGAUUUACAGUUCGCUGUAGCUUAUGCUUUGAGGUGAUCAACAUUAUUGAUGCUGGUUUGAGAGAGGGUGGAUUAAGUUAUUUUAAGCUAGGUAAUUAACUAAAUAUAUCAUCUGAUGCAUGCAUUUCAUCUUGUGACUUGCAUUACCAUGCUAGAGGACACACUUCGGCAAAUCAGUAUAGAGACCUUUCUGUGUUUGCAAACAUUUAUACACAAGGGCGAUCGGCGCAAGUUGGUGGCAGAACAAGGAGAUAUUUGGAUUUUAAGACUCGUAUGAAUGAAUGUCCUACUUAAUAUAAUGCUUCAUCAUCGCAAAUCAUCUGCAUUAUACUUAAACACAUUGAAAUCUU